AUGUCUUUCAUGCAGGAGCUCACGUCAUGGAUGUCCCCAACAUCGUUGACCCUGUCCAGCCCACCAAAAGCGGGCGACGCGGCCCCGAGCACCGACCAGCUCCCAUUGCCCAGGGAUGGCGUCGCCGAGAAGACCUUCAUCACGCUCCGCGAAGCAGCAUCCAAACAUCCCGAAAUCGCCUUCAUCGCCGUCUCUCACUCGUCAGAAUCGCACACGCAGAAGUGGCUGUCCGAAGUCGGCGGUCCCGGCGAUAAGAAUCCGGUUCAAGUCAUCGCCAACGAAGAGCGCGACGUGUACGCCAAAUGGGGACUCGGCGCAUCGAGUUUCUGGCACGUGCUUAGUCCAUGGGCGCUGUCGGAUGUUUUCAAGCUCUCUCGUGAAGAGGGAAUCUCCAAUAGGCCCACGGAGAGCGGCAACAGGUGGCAGACUUCCGGAGCGUGGGCUGUUGAUGGGAAGGGUCAGGUCACUUGGGGUGGUCCAGCCACGACUGCCUCUGAGAUUCCCGAUGUCGAAAAGGCCACUGAAACGUUGAAGUAA